AGAAACCCUCGCACGUGUUCCCGCGCGCGUAGAGAGAGAGAGAGAGAGAGAGAGAGAGAGAGAGUAAACGAGCUCUAGCGGCGAAGAAGCUUCAAUGGCGGAAGCCGUAGAAAUGGAGGUGGAAACCCUAGACGGUGCAAACAACGGAGGUGACGCUGAGCAAGCAACGCAAAACCCUAGUUCUUCUUCAUCUGGAUCCGACUCGGAAGAGGAUGAAGACGAAGAGCUGAAGCUGGAAACCAUAGAGAAAGAGCUCGCAGAGAACCCGCUGAGCUACGAUGCUCAUGUUCAGUACAUAAAAUCUUUGAGGAAGCUGGGGCAUAUUGAAAAGCUACGGCAGGCGAGGGAAUCAAUGAAUGCAUUGUUUCCUUUGAGUCCUACGAUGUGGCAGGAGUGGGCAAAGGACGAAGCUUCACUAAGUACUGGAUCUGAAUCUCUUGCUGCAACUGAGAAGCUUUAUGAGCAAGGUGUUCAAGAGUAUUUGUCAGUGCCUCUAUGGUGUGAUUAUAUAAAUUUUGUACAAGAGCAUGAUCAAUCCGUGGCCCAAUUGGCACCAGAUGGUAUCUUGAAGAUGAGGGAUUUAUUUGAGCGUGCCCUUACUGCUGCUGGAGUACAUAUCGUUAAUGGCAGUAAGAUCUGGGAAGCGUACAGGGAAUUUGAGCAAGCUAUCUUCGUCACUAUUGAUGACAGUGACAAUGAGGAAAAAGAAAGACAGGUUCAUCUCAUUCGUAGUCUAUUCCACCGCCAGUUGUCAGUUCCACUUGCCGACUCUAAAUCAACGGUUCUAGCCUACAAGCUAUGGGAAACUGAACAAGGAAAUGUAAAUGAUGUAAACUCUGAUGACUUGGAUGGGGUUCCAUCCCAUGUUACCUCGGCAUAUCAAAAGGCUGUGCAGAUGUAUAAUGCCCGUGUUAAUUAUGAGGAUCAACUUUGUAAUCCUGAUGCAUCUGAUGUGGAUAAGCUUCAGCAAUUUAUGAACUACAUAAAAUUUGAAGAGUCUUCUGGUGAUCCAGCUCGUGUUCAGAUUCUGUAUGAACGUGCUGUUGCAGAAUUUCCAGUAUCAAGUGAUCUCUGGCUUCGUUAUACUCAUUACUUGGACAAAACUUUGAAGGUUCCUAAUGUUUUGAGGGGUGUCUAUUCAAGGGCCACCAGAAACUGUCCCUGGAUUGGAGAACUUUGGGUCCGUUACAUGCUUUCCUUGGAGCGUGUCGGUGCUCCAGAGAAAGAGUUGUCUGCUGUCUUUGAGCAGUCCCUGCGAUCAACUUUUUUGAGCCUCGAAGAGUAUAUGGAUGUGUUCCUCACUCGAAUAGAUGGCUUAAGACGGAGAAUUUCUUUAGCUAGUGCAAUGGAGGAUGACCUGGACUACAGGGUGAUAAGAGAGACAUUUCAGCAUGCUACAGACUUCUUGUCUCCACACCUAAAGAAUACAGACAAUCUACUGCGCAUGCAUGCUUACUGGGCUCGUUUAGAGUCUAGUCUUGGAAAAGAUUUGACUGCAGCUCGUGGAGUAUGGGAGAGCUUGAUUAAGACGAGUGGAUCGAUGUUCGAAGUCUGGCAAGGUUAUAUUGCAAUGGAAAUUGAACUGGGCCAUAUAAAUGAGGCAAGAUCCAUCUAUAAGAGAUGCUACAGUAAAAGGUUCUUGAGAACAGGUUCAGAGGACAUCUGCUAUUCUUGGUUACGGUUUGAGAGAGAAUUUGGUACUCUGGAAGAUUUCGACCAUGCUGAAAGGAAGGUGUUGCCCCGCCUCGAGGAGCUCAAGUUAUUUAGAUCACAACAGGAAUCCAAAAAUACAGCUGCCUCAGCAUUUCCGAAAGAGAACCCUCCUGCAAAAAAUGCCUCCCAAAAAAGGAAAACAGCUACCAGAUCCACUGAGGAACAGCCUCCUCCAAAGCGACAAAAGGAUACAACUAAGAAAAUGGAAGUAGUCAGAAACAACGCAGGCCAGAAAGAUACAGUGCAGAAAUCAUCUGAAAAAAAUAAUGCAGGAUCUAUCAAUAUUUCAGAGGGAGCCAAUUUACCUGGAGCUGCAGACCCUGUAACCACAAAUGAGAAAGUUGUAGGAGAUUCCCCUUCCAAAGAAGCCAAACCAAGCUUCUACACAGACCAAUGCACAGUCUUUAUUUCAAACAUUAGCCUUCAGGCAAAGGAGGAACAUCUACGUGAAUUCUUCGGUGAUAGUGGUGGUGUAACUGCUAUUCGUUUAUUGAAGGAUAAGUUCACUGGCAAAUCAAGGGGACUUGCUUAUGUGGAUUUCUCCGAUGAUGCACAUCUUGAAGCUGCUGUUGCCAAGAACAGGCAGAAGCUGCUUGGAGAGAAAUUGAGCAUUGCAAGGUCAGAUCCAAAGCAGAGCCGAAAGAGAGCAUCUUCCGGAAGCAGUGCUGCAAGGGGGCAGGGUAGAAGAGUGGCAUCUGGUAGCGACCAUAAUAAUACAGCGGAGGAGCCUGCUGAGGGCUCCAAAGAGUCCGUACCACGUAAUACCACAUCUUCUGUUUCUCAUAGGCGUGGAGGUCAUGUGCAACUUGUGGGGAAGAACACAUUUGCGUUGCCUAGAACUUUGGCUAGACCUCUUGGGUGGGGCAAGAGUGAACUGAAGAAUGAAGGUGAUGAUAAACCAAAAUCAAAUGAUGAGUUCAGGAACAUGCUUCUGAAAAAGUGAAUCUGCAGCAGCAUAUGCGAAGGUGAUAGUUUGGAUGCUGUUUUGGAACAACUGGUGUUGGUAUUUUGUGGCUCUCGAGUCUUAUGUUUGGGAGAUUGUCAGGUAUAUUGCUCUUGGUAUACUAGUUUUUGUAACAUUUUAGUGCAUGAGUCACAAAAAUGGCGUUAAGUACUGGAAAAAGAUAAAAAACAGAAAUUGUGGUUCAUGUAUUGGUUCCAAUUUGCGAGUGUCCUUAGUGAAAGCCUUUACACUGGCCCAGAUGAGUUUUGAGCUAACUGGGGUUUAUGCUUUA